AUGGCGAUGGUGUUAUCGAUAAGGAACGGUUGCUGUGGAGGUUGCGACCAAGGUUGACGUCGUCGAUCCAUGCAGAGCUUCCCCUGCUGAUCAUGCAUGCAUGACCUGUAUCUUCGUUUACUUAUUCUCUGCCGCGUGCAACCAGGAGUCAUAAUAUUCCAUUUGCCUGUCUGUACCAAUAUCUAGCAUCGCUGCACAUUGUUCAUCAUGGUUCGAAAAACAUCCUCUGGUUUCUUUACUUCAAUCCAUGAAGACAUGCCUCUUCACAUAGCUCGAGGCUAUGACCGCAAGGUGUCACACUCGGCGUACUCGUCAUCUCCAUCCCCGAAUCCUCUCAGUCCUCAAAAACAGAAAGCUCAGAAGGAAAAGGGAUUCUCACCGGAACAAUAUACAAAACCCUACCUCGAGUUUAUGACCAAGAACCCGACCGUCUUUCACGCUGUUGACGCCUUCACCAAGCAAUUAGAAGAUGCAGGAUAUGUCCACCUCUCUCAACGAUCGUCUUGGACAAUAAAGCCAGGUGGGAAAUACUAUACCACACGUAACGGUAGCGCAUUCAUUGCAUUCGCCGUUGGGAAAGACUACAAAGCUGGCAAUGGCAUUGGAAUUGUUGCUGGACAUAUUGACGCCCUCACUGCCAAGGUCAAGCCUGUGCCAAAGCUACCAACCAAGGCUGGCUACGUACAACUCGGUGUCGCUCCCUAUGCCGGAGGAAUGAACAGUACCUGGUGGGACAGAGAUCUUGGAAUCGGCGGCAAAGUACUCGUGAAGACCAGCGAUGGCAAGAUUAAAGAAGAGCUGGUCAAGCUGGACUGGCCCAUCGCCAGGAUACCUACUCUGGCACCACAUUUUGGUGCCGCUGCAAACGGGCCGUUCAACUUGGAGACCAACAUGGUUCCCAUCGUAGGACUGGACAACUCCGAUCUCACUGGAAGAGCCGAAUCUUCUCUGAACCUCCCUGCCGGCACUUUUGUAGCCACUCAGCCGGAAAGGCUGGUGAAAGCGAUCGCGGGCGAGCUCGGGAUUGAGGACUACACUUCGAUCGUAAACUGGGAGUUGGAGCUCUUCGACACACAGCCCGCUCAACUUGGCGGACUGGACAAGGAGUUCAUCUUCGCGGGAAGAAUCGACGAUAAAUUAUGUUGCUUUGCCGCCAUCGAGGCUCUGCUGGCGUCCUCCGACGAUGCAUCAUCAGGUAUCGUCAAGAUGGUCGGAUGCUUUGAUGAUGAGGAGAUCGGAAGUUAUCUUCGACAAGGUGCCCGCAGCAACUUCAUGUCUGGCGCGAUUGAGAGGAUAUGCGAGAACUUCUCCGAUCAUUGCGGCCCCAACCUCAUAAACCAAACGCUGGCCAACUCAUUCCUGGUGUCUUCCGAUGUCAUCCACGCGGUCAACCCCAACUUCCUGGGAGCUUAUCUUGAGAACCACUACCCACGAUUGAAUAUUGGUGUGACUGUCUCAGCUGAUCCGAACGGACACAUGACGACCACUAGCGUCUCAACAGCACUUCUGUCCCGGAUAGCCGAGAAGGCUGGAAGUACUCUUCAGGUCUUCCAGAUCCGUAACGACAGUAGGAGUGGUGGGACUAUCGGUCCCAUGACAAGCUCACGGCUAGGGUGCCGUGCCAUCGAUUGUGGAAUCCCUCAAUUGAGCAUGCACUCGAUUCGGGCUACGACAGGGUCUCUUGACCCGGGGCUGGGUGUGAAAUUGUACAAGGGGUUCUUCGAUUACUAUGAAGAGGUUGACAAGGAGUUUCAGUGACUGAUGGAUAUUGUAAGACAAAAUACUUUAAAUAGAUCUAUACGCCUAAUGUAACAAAGCUGCUAUGUAGAUUUUCCACCCAU